UAAUAUUUCAAAGCAAAUAAACCUCUUAUUAUAAACUGUCUUCUUCAUCUCUCCGAAAACACUCGUUCACACUCUUCGUGCUCUCCGUCUCUCUCUCCAUUUUCCUUCCUUUCUUUCUUUUUCAAAUCAGACCCUUCAUUCCCAGAUCUCUCUCAGUCUUGAUUCUUCGAAGACCAUGGCCUCUAUUACAGGUGCAUCGGUUUCCAUGACCUCUCUUUCGAGCUCUUUCAAGCCUAGCCUUGCAAUUUCCAGCAGGAUUUCUAAAUUGAAUUCAGUUUCGUUUUCAAUCAACGGAUUGCGUUUCCAGUCUCUUCGGAUGCAGCCUAGGCGCUUUCAAGUUUGCUGCGCAGCCAAACCAGAAACUGUGGAAAAGGUCUGUGAAGUAGUAAAGAAGCAGCUGGCUCUUUCUGAUGAUUCUGCUCUCACUGGUGAAUCAAAGUUUGCUGCCCUUGGAGCUGAUUCCCUUGACACGGUUGAGAUUGUGAUGGGACUUGAGGAGGUUUUUGGUAUCACAGUGGAAGAAGAAAGUGCACAGAGUAUUGCCACUGUUCAAGAUGCAGCUGAUCUGAUUGAGAGGCUUGUUGAGAACAAAACUGCUUAAAAUGUUAUUUGGAAAAAGCUAUUUCAUUUUUCUUUGUUACUAUUUUUUUUUUCUUGUGUUUUUUUUUUCUCUGAAAGUUAAGCUUCUAAAUGGAUUUACUAGUCCAGUAGUGGUAGUCUCGAAUAACUUCAUGAACUCUUAUUAGUGUCUUUUAUUUUAUGUUACAAAGUUUUCUUGUAUUUGCAUAUUUAUUUAGUGGUAAGUGAAUAAUUUAGAAUCGACAAUUGUGUUUGUGUCAGAAA